AUUUUGUGACGUUUUUCUUAUCGUGUUGCCCUCGUCCUUCAUGAUUACCUAAAUAACCUCAAAUGUUUAUAAAAUCAAUUUUUCCUGUAACUUUUUUAAAAAUUGAUUACAAGGACUAUAUUAUAUAAAAUCUUAAUUGUCGCAUAAUUCUUUAUAAGAUGUUGACGUGAAGAAUUGUUAAAAAGGGCAACAUGUCUUAUAUAAAGGUGCUACAUUGCACCUACUGCCUUAAGCAUGGAGUGGCCGGAAUGUCUACUAAGUCUGUGCUCAUGAAAAUAGGUAAUGGCACCUUAUCACAGCAGCUGGUUCGAAUAUCAACAUCAACCAGUUGGCACAGUAAACUGCCGCUCACUACACAGAGUCAGACCGCAACUCCAGCGAAGAAGGCUAAGAAUGAGGACACUCGAGUGUGGAAGGAGACACCGGCUCAUGACAGGACCAACAAUGUUGGCCAGUAUUGUAUGAUGCUGUCUAAGUUUAGAUUAACAUCUCUAGUAGUAAUGACAUCAAUGGCGGGCUACGCGCUGGCGCCGGCGCCGUUCUGCCCGACCACGUUCGUGCUGUGCGCCGCGGGCACCGGGCUCGUGUCCGCCGCCGCCAACUCCAUCAAUCAGUUCCACGAAGUACCGUUCGACGCGCAGAUGUCCAGGACCAAGAAUAGAGUGCUAGUCAAGGGGCUGUUAGAGCCAAUACACGCAGUGGGUUUCGCGGCUAUCACAAGCACGACUGGUCUCAGCUUACUCUACUUCGGCGUCAACCCUUUGACGGCUGCGCUGGGCGCCGGAAACCUCAUACUCUACACGUCGGUCUACACGCCGAUGAAGCGGAUGUCCAUACUUAACACUUGGCUGGGAUCUGUGGUGGGCGCGAUCCCGCCGCUGAUGGGCUGGGCGGGCUGCGCGGGCUCGCUGGACGCGGGCGCGCUGCUGCUGGGCGCGGUGCUGUACUCGUGGCAGUUCCCGCACUUCAACGCGCUGUCCUGGAACCUGCGCCCCGACUACUCCCGCGCCGGCUAUAGGAUGAUGGCGGUCACGGACCCUGCAUUAUGCAGAAGAGUGGCCCUCCGACACACCGGCGUGAUCACCGCAACGUGCCUCGCAUCCUCUUACCUCGGCGUCACAAAUACGUGGUUCGCGUUGGAGUCAUUGCCCCUCAACGUCUACUUUAUGUACUUAGCCUAUGAAUUCUACAAAAAAUCCGACAGCGGUAGUUCCAGAAAACUGUUCAGGUUCUCUCUGAUACACCUACCAGCACUGAUGUUACUAAUGUUAGUCAAUAAGAAGUAUUGGAGCGCUGGCGAAGGACAGGACCAGAAGGACACCGUAAAGAAUAUAGAUGUUAAUAAAUUGCCAGGAAUCACGGUUAUACCACGAGGGCCGGUCGUAGCCGCUCAGGAGACGGACUUAGACAAAUAAGAACACGGAUUUUUUUAGUGAGGUUAUUAAUACAUUUGUAGAAGUUAUUAUAAUUGACGUGGAUGUUUUGCACCAGAUUUAAAUCUUUACUUAUCUAAAUUAAAAUAGAUAGGUGAAGAACGUUACGCUAAGUGCGCUCCGAGGACAGAAGACUUAGCGUAACUGCGAUUUACCUUGCCAUCUCGACUUUUUUUGCAGUACAGAAAGAGAUGAGCGACAUUGUUGUUACGUGACGAUAAUUGGCUGUUACUACUAACUCUAUAGAACUAUAUAAAAAUUCUAACUUCUACACUUCAUUGUAGACAUAGUUAACAGUGGACGCUGGUAGAUAUUUUGUUCUUUAUUCUUAGUCCUUGAUGCCAGAUUGUGUUUGAACCGAACUACAAAAUUCCGUGUUCUGAAUAUAUUUAAUCUACAAAGCUGUAGACAAGUAUUUUUACUGUAAAUAAUGUACAAUUAAUUAUGAGAAUUUAGUGCGCUUGUGAUAAGUUAAUAAAUCAGUUAACGAGAUUUGUUAGACUAACUUAUUGUUAUUUAUUUUUCGCGCGUCAUUGACAGAGAAAUAAAACAUGAUGAUAAUAAAAUCUUACAUUUA